UCUCCCGCCCCUCUCUCUGCCUCAACCCUCUCUCUCUCCCGCUCGUCUCUCCCUCUCCCUGCCGCGAGAAGCUACGCCGGCCGAUUCCGGCGAGCUCCGGCGGGAUUCGACGACGCCCGCCCCACAGCCGAGAGCCUCCCGACCCCGCCUCCCUCGACCCCGCGCCGCUGCGCCAUCUCGCCUCCGCCCGCCGAUGCGCGCUGCCACCUCACCAUUUCCCCUCACCCUUGUCUCCCUCGCUCAGAUCCGCCCGCACCCGCAGCCCUGUCGCCAUUUCCCCUGCACCAGCUCCCUCUCGCCGCGCCAAGACGUCUAGGAGCUCCUCCAUCGUCGUCUUCUUUGCCCUCGCAUAAGGGCUCGAACUAGGAGGCCCCGCACGCUCGCGAUCGCCGUCGUCUUCGCCCACGGCCGCCGCAUCUCGUCCUCGAGUCUUUCGUGUCCGGCCACCCCCGCGCCCCCUGACCACGUCCACAAGCUCCGUGGUGAGCUCCUAUGUCGAUUUCCCUCCUUUCCCCCUUGAUAUGUCGCUGUAGUCGUCGCCUUGUGCUCGUCCAUGGUCGUACACGUGUUGUACGCGCCCUGCUGCUGUAGACUGCUGCUACGCCGCACGCCCGCGACCACCCCGACGCUGCCCGCUGCUGCUUCCACCCGGCCUCGCCCACCUGCGCCUGCACCCACCCGCGCAGCCUACUGCUGCGCUGCACCCGCGGCCUUGCCUCGCUACGCGCGCGCUCCACCUGGCCGCGCCUGUCUUCGCCCGGCUGCGCCGGCGCCGCCCCCUGUUGCUAUGGCCCUACGCCACCCCUGCCCGUCCCCUGCGCUGCGCGCGCCGGCUGCCGUCCGCUAGCAUGCUCCUCUGCUGCUGCAGUUACUGCUUGCAUCGCUGCUUGCUGUACUGCUGCUACUAACUACUGUAGAUGUAUCUAGCUAGCUUUACCAAUAUUACAUCGAGUGACCCCCUGUACUGCCCCUAAACAGCGGCUAAACAAGUUCUAACAGGAGUAAAAAUAUUAUUGGGAGGUAGUACAUUUGACAAGGCUCAAAUGUUUCCACUGGUCCAAAUCCUUUCGAUGCGUGUAUUGAAUCCUAUGAAAAUCAAAAAAUGCUAUGUCUCAUGGAUUCGCCGAUAAUAUCCCGGAAGUAAAUAUUGUUGCUUGCUUCAUCUCUACUACUUUCUGUAACUGCUUAGUGUUAAGCUCUUGACUGUACAUGUGUGGGUAGUUCUGAACAUUUGCUACUAACGGACGCCAAGCACAUCCAAUUGUGGUUCACUGCAGAUUGCCAAUGCCAAUUUACCAAUGAUUUCAGGUCUGCGAAAGUUGGAUUUUGGACAGGCUUUCAAGAGCGUGACUGAAGCAGAGACACACACAUGUUUGUACGCUUGAAUUCUGAUGCCACCACCUGAUACUGCAGAUCCGUAGAGGCCAUGAAUGGCCAAGUGUGUUUCAGGCAGCGCGACAACAAUUCUUCUUCCUCAAAGCAUAUAUUUUCUCCAAGCGAUCAACAAAGUGAUUGGUCCAUUUGGAAGGGUCGGAUGGGCGCGCGUGGCGGAGGUCGGGUGCGGGGCGUCGCCGUCGCCGUCGAUGACGCAGUUCGGGAUCGCCGCGCGCUUCAACGCCACGUCGUCGGCCGUCUCGGAAGCCGCCGCCGCCAACGCUGCGUCGGGCGUCGUCCACACGGUGCCGCAGACCGAGCCUGUUGUGUCCGCCGAGUGGCUGCACGCCAACCUGAGGGACCCCAAUGUGAGGGUACUUGAUGCCUCUUGGUCAGAAGAUGAUGGCGAGUUCCUCAUUCCAAUUGAGUUUAUAUUGUGUAGGUUUCUUCGUCAUGAUCUGGAUUGCCACAGUCAUGUUCAAGUCCAAUGAUAUCUUGCGCUAGCAGACUGCUCUCAAGAUACAACGGUCUGGCAAGCUGCUAUGGUGGUCAAGUGUGUGCUGCCUAGGAAAAUAGAUAUUUAGUUUUAGGUCAUUUCUUGUAAUUUCAGAUAUGUAGUGCUUGUCUUUAGUUUUUGUUUUUACUUUGUGAAACUUGCUACCUAUGGAUGAAACUGUGUAAUAUUGAUGAAACUAUGUAUAUGUAUGGAUGAAACUGGCUACUAUUGG